AAGAAGAAAUGAACAUACCACCAGAACCUACAGUGGCGAUGACCGGGGCCGCCGAUCAGCCCGUUGUGUUUCAACCCGUUGUGGUUCAGCCCGCUGUGCUCAUGACCCCGAUGCCAUUGGUCACUGCAGUACCAGAUUACUUGGGCUACUCCAUCUUUACCAUGCUGUGCUGCUGUUUUCCUCUGGGCAUCGCUGCUACCGUCUACUCAUGCAGUACUCGAGAUGCUAACAUGGCUGGACAGCGAGAGUUAGCGAUGAGCCGCUCCCGAGUGGCGUUUAUCCUGAACAACGUGGCUCUCGGUAUCGGCCUCUUGGCCACCACAGUGGCCAUUAUCAUUAGAUUUACAGCUUCUGAAUGACAAAGUUUUUGAAGAAAUGUUGUGUUCUGCUUCAGAUGCAUCUACUCAUACUUUAACUCAAGUCAGGGAAUAAUCUAAUGUACACUUCUGUCUUAUUUCUUGUUGUAUUUAAUGCUGUCAGAUUGUUCUGUAUUGAUUAGCAGAAAUUCAACUGCUUUUCACUUAGUACUGAUGUAAAAUGUCUUUUUUUAAUUUUUUUUUUUAUUACACAUUGUAAUAAAGUGUUGCACUAAAUACACUAAUUGUUUUGGUCAUCU